AAGCCCCUCCUCUUCCCCUGAAAACUGGUUGCAGUCCCACCCUCUUUCCUGUUACUUCCUGUUCCCGGGUAACCCUGUUCUGGGGCCGGAGACGUUGAGUGACCAUAAUCUGAGUGACUGACUAGGAGCCGCUGUGCGGAUCUGAACCGGACGAAAAGCCGGGCACCAGGCGGGAGGGGCGGUGUUCUGCCCGAGCUCAGCUUGCGCCUGAUCCCGGCAGGUGGCAGGGACUGGGCUGAGGAUGCCGACCGAGGAGGAGCAGCGGGCCUUCCUGAAAGCGCGCGAGGAACUGGCGAGCGCUCUGAGGAGGGAUUCCGGGCAGACGUUUUCCCUGGAGCAACUCUUGCCACUACUGACCAUCUCCCUGCCGCCAGCUGCCCGUUACUUACAGCUGGAUGCUGCACGCUUGGUCCGCUACAACGCCUUUGGGGAGCCACGCGACUACCUCAGUAACCUCUCCACGGCUCUGAACAUCCUGGAGAAAUAUGGCCGCAACCUCCUCAGCCCUCAGAGGCCCCGGUACUGGCGCGGGGUCAAGUUUAAUAACCCUGUCUUUCGCAGUACAGUGGACGCGGUGCAGGGGGGCCGGGAUGUGCUGCGAUUGUAUGGCUACACUGAGGAGCAGCCAGAUGGGCUGAGCUUCCCCGAAAAGCAGAAGGAGCCAGAUGAGCACCAGGUUGCUACAGUCACACUGGAAGUACUGCUACUUCGGACAGAGCUCAGCCUGCUGUUCCAGAAUACUCACCCAAGACAGCAGGCACUGGAGCAGCUGCUGAAAGCCAAGACUGAAGAUGAUAUGCUGCAGCUUUCAGAGUUUACCCCCCUGCUGAGAGAGAUUGCUCCUGGACCCCUCACCACACCCUCAGCCCCAGGUUCCACUCCGGAUCCCUGCUUCCUCUGUGGUUCUGCCCCAGGCACACUGCACUGCCCAGCCUGUAAACAGACCUUAUGUUCAGCUUGUGACUGUCUCUUCCAUGGGCACCCAUCUCGUGCGCAUCACCUCCGGCAGAGUCUGCCUGGGACUCCCCAGACUACCAACCCAAUCCCCAACUUAUCUGCUCUAGCCCCACCACUGCCCCAGUCAACCUCUUUGCUGGCCCUGGGAGAUAGCACUCUUCCUUCCCCUGAUUCUGCAAGUGCCCGUCUGCCCUGGCACUGUGCUGCCUGUACCAUGCAAAAUAAGCCGUGGGCAGUGCUCUGUGUGGCCUGUGAUCGACCCCGAGGCUGUAAAGGGUUGGGGGUUGAAGACCCCCAAGGAGUUGGAAGCCCAGAACCUGAGCUUACACGGGGCCGGUGGACUUGCCAGAGCUGCACCUUUGAGAAUGAGUCAGCAGCUGUACUAUGCACUGUAUGUGAGCGACCUCGGUUGGCCCAGCCUCCCAGCUUGGUGAUGGAUUCCCAGGACUCUGGCGUUUGCCUGCAGCCCCUUCAGCAGGGGGAAACUUUGCUCUCCUCACCCCAAAUUUGGUCCUGUAUCCACUGUACCUUCUGCAACUCAGGCCCUGGGUGUGUGUGUGCUGUAUGCAAUCGGACUAGCAGUCGUAUUCCAGCCCAGCAUACUCCCAAGCCUCAUGCCAACUCUUUGGAAGAGAGACACCCUGAACCUGGACCCUUACGACGCCUUAGUGCCCCACUGCCCAGCUCCUGUGGGGAUCCUGAGAAGCAGCGCCAAGACAAGAUGCGAGAAGAAGGACUCCAGCUAGUGAAGAUGAUCCGGGAAGGGGAAGCUGCAGGUGCGUGUCCAGAGGAGGUCUUCUCGGCUCUGCAGUACUCAGGCACCGAGGUACCAUUGCAAUGGCUGCACUCAGAACUGCCCUACGUCCUGGAGAUGGUGACUGAAUUGGCUGGACAGCAAGACCCAGGACUGGGCGUCUUUUCCUGCCAGGAGGCCCGGAAAGCCUGGCUGGAUCAUCACGGCAACCUUGAUGAAGCCGUGGAAGAGUGUGUGAGGGCCCGGCGGAGGAAGGUGCAAGAGCUCCAGUCCUUGGGUUUUGGGCCUGAGGAAGGGUCUCUGCAGGCAUUGUUUCAGCAUGGGGGUGAUGUGACACGGGCCCUGACUGAGCUACAGCGCCAGCGCCUUGAGCCCUUCCAUCAGCGUCUAUGGGACAAUGGCCCUGAGCCCACUCCCUCUUGGGAUGGCCCAGAUAAGCAGAGUCUGGUCAGACGGUUGUUAGCAGUCUACGCACUCCCCAGCUGGGGCCGGGCCGAGCUGGCGCUGUCGCUGUUGCAGGAGACGCCAAGGAACUAUGAGUUGGGGGAUGUAGUGGAAGCUGUGAGGCACAGCCAUGACCGGGCCUUCCUGCGCCGCUUGCUGGCCCAGGAGUGCGCUGUGUGCAGCUGGGUCCUGCCUCGCAACCGGAUGCAGGCCCUGACUUCCUGUGAAUGCACAAUCUGUCCUGACUGCUUUCGCCAGCACUUCACCAUCGCUUUGAAGGAGAAGCACAUCACGGACAUGGUGUGCCCUGCCUGUGGCCGCCCCGACCUCAGUGAUGAUACACAAUUGCUCAGCUACUUCUCUACUCUUGACAUCCAGCUUCGGGAGAGUCUAGAGCCAGAUGCGUAUGCACUGUUCCACAAGAAGCUGACUGAGGGUGUGCUGAUGCGAGAUCCCAAGUUCUUGUGGUGUGCUCAGUGCUCCUUUGGAUUCAUCUAUGAGCGGGAACAGCUAGAGGCAACAUGUCCCCAGUGUCACCAGACCUUCUGCGUGCGCUGCAAGCGUCAGUGGGAGGAGCAGCACCAAGGCCGGAGCUGUGAGGAUUUCCAGAACUGGAAACGCACCAAUGACCCAGAAUACCAGGCCCAGGGCCUAGCCAUGUAUCUUCAGGAAAAUGGAAUUGACUGCCCCAAGUGCAAGUUCUCAUAUGCACUGGCCCGAGGAGGCUGCAUGCACUUUCAUUGUACCCAGUGCCGACAUCAGUUCUGCAGUGGCUGCUACAAUGCCUUUUACGCCAAGAAUAAAUGUCCAGACCCUAACUGCCGAGUGAAGAAGUCCCUACAUGGCCACCACCCUCGAGAUUGCCUCUUCUACCUGCGGGACUGGACCGUUCUCCGGCUCCAGAAGCUGCUACAGGACAAUAAUGUCAAGUUUAAUACAGAGCCUCCAGCUGGGGCCCGAGCAGUUCCUGGAGGUGGCUGCCGAGUGAUGGAACAGAAAGAGGUUCCCAAUGGGCUCAGGGAUGAAGCCUGUGGCAAGGAGACCCCAGCUGGCCAUGCCGGCCUCUGCCAGGCACACUACAAAGAAUAUCUUGUGAGCCUCAUCAAUGCCCACUCACUGGACCCAGCUACCUUGUAUGAAGUGGAGGAGCUGGAGACAGCCACUGAGCGCUACCUGCACAUGCGCCCCCAGCUGUUGGCUGGAGAGGAUGCCCCUACCUACCAUGCCCGCUUGUUACAGAAGCUGACUGAAGAGGUGCCUCUGGGCCAGAGUAUCCCCCGAAGGAGGAAGUAGCUGAGGGCAGUGGCCCUGAUAGGGUCCCAGCUCCCUCAGGAACAGCUCCAGCACCAAUAAAGAGGCAUCUACUGGCCCAGG